AUGACCUCAGUGCCGGUCAGGUGCAGCCGAAAAGCUGUCGCCGGCUACAGAUGGCCGGGGUCUUCCCACGACAAUUUAGCGCAGUCGUCGGGUAAAAAAGGUCGGAGAGAUUUGCACCUGGGAGGCACGUGUCAGGUACCAACUAGACGAGAAAAAAAAAUCCGCCGCCUCAGGAUGGCCGCUUUCACUUGUCCGUGUACGGUUUUUCGACCAUCCUCAUUUCACUCCGACAAUUUCGAUCCUGGUUUCUCUUUUGCUCUGCAUUCCAUUGAUGCCUUGUUCUCUGUUUUGUCUAGAGUUUAAAAUGUCAAACUGAAGUGUUUGAAAUAGUUUCUGAUUUUGAAAUUGAGAAAAGGCUUAUUAAUCAACGUCUGAAAUAAUUUUCACCGUCUUGAAGUGCAAAUUUUUCCAAAAACUUCAGUUUGAACCUUUCGCUUAAAAACCGAUAAAAAUCUCUCUUUAUGCAGUUUCUUAAGCAGUCCGCGCUGCAUCACUCGAGAAAGCCCUGACCAGCUUCCAAAAUUCUCACUAGGAAACGUUUUUUACCCCCCGGUUGAACUUCUGCUGAAACUUCGUAGAAGUGUACUUUAGGAUCCCUGAUUCCAGAACAGAAAGAAAAUUUUUCGAAAUAGAUCUCGUUUUCGAGUUAGGACACUUUAAAAACCCGAAAUAGCGCUUUUUUUCUGCAUUUGCGUGUUUUGCCCACUUUGAAGCUCCAUAACUUGGAAAAAAGAUCUAUUGAGAGAAAUUAUUUUUUUGUUUUGGAAUCAGGGGGUCCUAAAGUACACUACACUUCAGCAAAGUUUCAGCAUAAGUUCAACCGGGGGGUAAAAAACGUCCCCCGGUCAGAUUAUUCCAGCGGAUAUCUUACAAAAAACCUGAUAGGAGAAGUUUCAUCCUGAAGAAACAAAAAAAGCAGUUUUAUCGGAGUAUUAGGCUUAAAUAUUUUUUUAUUAAAGCCCAUUAGGGUUCAAAAAUUUUUCAUGAAAAAAAAAAAUGCUCCCCACCAACUUUUGCUACAUAUUUGGACGCCGACUAUCAGAUCAAAAAUUAGAAAAAAAUCUGGUCAUGCUUCCAUCGCAAAAAACUCCCUAUCCAAAAGAAAAAAAUAAUAAUUGGAGCGACCAAAAUGAACCUUUCAUGUCCUUUUCUAACAAAUUUUCGAAUCUCGAACAUUUUUGCAAUGAUAAUCCAUUGAAAAGAAAGCCUGGAAGCAGAAUAUUCCAUUAAAGUCGCAACUAGGAUCCCGCCUCAUUUCGUUUUCCAGACAGAAGGUCGGCUUUUACUCGUUUCGUGAAUUAGUUCAAGGUCGCUUUCCAUUUUUCAAAUCCUCUAUUCUGGGCAAUCGGACACCCGUGCGAAACCGUGUGCGCCACUUCCUUUCGUCCGCGUUCUGCAUUCACAAUUAGGGCCUCCCGACCUCCUGAUUCGACGUCUUUUCAUCCUCGGCCACCUUGGCUGCUUUCUCUCUCGUGUAUUCAUUAAUUUUCAAAAAAGCCAUGUGACUAAAGUCAGCUUCCUGGUGCGGUGUAUACACAACAGCUUUCUGAUUUUUUUUGUGAGCUCAAACUGACUUAACGCUUGAGAGUUCUCUUUUUUAGGUAUCAAAAUUAGGCUUAUGAGAUUCCAAGGACCUGCAGUGAAUUGAUGUGUUUCAAUAACAUUUUCCAAAAACUUUUAUCAUUGGUUCAAAUUCAAUACUUUCGGUAUACUGUAAUCGCCCAAAUUUCAGUCAAUUCUUCGCUUUUUUCGAUCUGAAAAGUUAUUUUCGAUUCUUCGAUUUGACGCCUUUUCAUCCUCAGCUACCCUGACUGCUUUCUCGUUUUUUCAUUAGCUGUCGAAAAUUCCAUGCGACCAUUGUUUGCUUCCUUGUGUACCGAAAAUCCAACAGCUUUCUGAUUUUUUCAAGCUCUAGCUGACUUAACGCAUCAAAACAUCAAAAUCCUUUCUUAAGAUUUUUGUUUAGCCUGUGAUCUUCCAAAAAUAAUCAAUGUAGUGAUGUAAAUUAAGUAAAUUUUUGAUGAUGUCUAUCAGCUGCUUCAACCCAAUAUCUGACACGCCGGUGUACUGUAAUCGACAAAAUUCAGUCAAAUUUUCUGUCGUGAACUUUUCUUUUCAGAAUCCUUGAUUGGAGGUAUUUCCAUGAAUUUUUGAGAAUUCGUUUCUGCGAAAAUCAAAAUUUUUCAGACAUCAUUCUCUAAAGUAAAUAACUAAAAAGCAUUUCAUUUCGGGCCGCUACUGAAUGUUACGACGAACCAAACUACCACCUAAAAAGGAAUUAACUUUAUUGAAGUCUCAAAACUUACAACAGGAGUUAUAUCUUUGAACUCAAAGAAUGUUUUGAAGUUGACCGGAAAGUACUGGACCGAGGUUUUGAAAGCUGCAAGCAGUGACGUCCUGAAAAUUUCUAUUAUUCUCCCGUUUAUCAGCCGCCAAAUCAGUGAAUGAGUGUUUUCUAAGCUUUUCUUCAGUUCAAAUCAUCAAAAAACCGAAAGAAAAAACUUCGAAAAAAUGGAAUCCUUAAAAGCUUCCGAUUUGUACUUAGACAGCGAGUAAAAGCCAGACUGCCAAGGUUCAAAAUUGAGAGAAAACUUGCACCGAUUUCAAGGUCUGACCCACAAAGUCACCUCGCUCACCCAAUUUCCAUUGCGGAAGGCCUUCUCGGCGAUAUCCCACUCAAUCUUAGGCCACCAUGUUUCAGCCGUUAUUGUCGACUGAAUUAAAAUCAUCUUCCACUCGGAUCUCUCCCCAUUUGUCGCGCUGCUUUUCUCGCAAAAUUUUUGUUAUCUGAAACCCGCUGAUCCGUUUGCAAUCCGACCCCGAACCGUUGCACUUUUCCGCCGUCGGCCACGCCAACUUCUACCACCGACACGGCCUUUGACGCUCUAAUUUUACAAGCAAAUCCACUCGACCUCCCACUGUCUCGUAUAAAAUCAGAUACCUGCGUUUUUUUUUCUUCUCUCCAGGCAGCUUCCAUUCUCAAAAUGUUAGUUCAAAUCUGCUUAAGAGUCUCAUUUUUGGUCAUGUUUCCUUAUGAAUCCGCGACUCGUUAGCUUGAAGAAUUAUCCUAUGAAUACUUUCUUUUCUACUAAAGACAGGUCUUUUUUUUCUGUUGAUGCUACUGGAGAUAUCAAAUCAAAACUUUUCUUUUUUUCCUUUUGAAAGAUUAAUUUAUUAGGUUUAAUUUGUUUUUCUGUCAGCUGAAAAUCGAAACUUUCAAUCUAAAGCAUUGAGAAAGACUUUUCCUUACCGCAAAAUUUUCUGUAAGGCUUCCUUUUUUGCCAUCUUAUCAAAUUCUCUUGGGUCCUAAUUUACUCUUUAUCUAUGAUUUCAAGUUUUAGCUUUUUUUGUGGAACGAUUUAGUCAUUUGCUGGAGUCGCAUAAUUUUUUUUUCUAUUUUUCUCUCCUUCGGCUUUUCAUGAGAUUUCAGUAAAACCUUUUUUGAUGACGAUUUCUAAAUAAUCGACCUUCUUUUUUAUCAUUUUUCUUAGAAGUAACUUUUUUUCAACCGCUUUCUCUUUGAUUAACAUGAAAUUUGAAGGAGAGAAGCGUUUUUCCGUUUGAGAUGAAGCUAAUUAAAUACAUAUUCUCCUCGACUUCUUCUCUCAAUAUCAUAUUUUGAUUGGAAGCAUAUUCUUUCCUUUCAUUAGGAACUAUUCAACAGAAAAUAACAUCUUUUUCAAUUUUAUGUAAAAAAGAAUACGCACUCGCUUUCCUUUUCUUGGAAAUCUUGUCCCAAAGCUUUUUCUUCAUUAUGGAACGCUCUAUUUAAAAUGGCUAGCUGUGCAUUUUUUAACAUUCUUUAGUUUUGGUUCGCUUCCGAAUUUAUAUACUUUUCGACAUGUGUAAUCUUGUUCCUUCUGUUUCGUUGUCAGCCUUAACUUUUUAUUUUCAUCAAGAAAUUUGAGGAGAUGUCUAAUGAACAAGUGGACACAAGUGAGACACCCUCAAGCACGGUAAUCUUUGCUCCGCAGCCGAUCCGUCCGGAUGCAAUGAACUACGCCUUAUUGCAGGUGACUUUGAAAUGUUCACGGUUCGGGCAUAAUCCGUUCACUUCAAAAAAAAAAAGAAGCUUCUACCGUAAUAUUUUAAUCUCUGAAAAUGUUGGGCAUUUUAUAUGAAAAAAAAUUUUUUUCUGAAUCUUAAGUUUCUGUUUUUUUAACAUGCGAGCGAUCUAUCCGAUAUUCAGGCCUAUCUGUCCUCUUUGGAUCAGCUCUCGGUGAUCAACGCUUUGCCGCAGAUGAAUCUACUUCAAUUUGCGACUUUGGCCAAUUUCACUUCCACUCCUACGAUAACGUGAGUUUCAUAGAUAUAUUUCCAGAAUGAGUAAUCUUUGGGAAAUUCUCAAUAUUUAGGAGCUAAGUCUUUUCUCAAAUACAGUUUGAAGCUCCUUCAUUUGCUUUUUCCAAAGUUUCGAAUCGUUUUGAAAAAAAUUCAGAAGGUUUGAGCUUGAGAUAGAGUCAAGAGAGUCUUCAAACCAUCAAAAAUUAUGUCUAAAAUGCAAAAACUACCUGUAAACUUUAUUUGAGUCCUAAGACCAGGUUUAGUUGAUUUAGGCGAAGUUUUGAAAAUAGCUUUCCGAACCUAAGUUUUCAAGCUCACUAAAAAACUCACUCAAUCAAAUUACCCGAUAAAUAUCCACUACUUUCUAGUGACAGCCGUCCGACUUCAGUCGGUUUCUCGGAAGAGGAAGCCGGCCAACAAAUCGGUUUUCAUAGAAUACCAGUCAUCAGGCGGGUCUCCAAACAAGUAAGCUGUUUUUUCACAUGAUUUAUGAAAAAGUUGUGCGGCAAUUGCAGCCAAUUCUGGAGGAUGAUUCCAGUCCGGAUUGCGCGAUUUGUAAUGACAAGUCCACUGGCCUCCAUUAUGGCAUUUUCACUUGCGAGGGGUUGGUUUUUGAAUUUUUUUUUUGAGAAAUUCGAACAAAAAUUGCUUUUUUUCUUUUCACUUGAAGGUAGUUUAGUAGGAAAUAAAAAAUUUGUGAGACAAAGCUCAGCGUUCUCGAAUGGUCCGUUUGAUACGAAUAAUUUCAAAUUUUCGUCUAAUUUUGACUGCAUUUACUCUCCACUUUUGUAUCAUCAUAAAAAGGGCUUUUUUUAUCGUUUUUAGUAGAAACUUAAAACUCUUUUCAACAGACUUUAAAAACGACUCGAAUCUUAAUUUCUCUUACUUUCCAUUUGGGUUUUGAUUAACUUCAUUCGAGCCAAGUUCCUAUACCGUUAUCUUCUCGAAUCACUAGCCAAAGAUCUGAAUUUCUAUUUUUUCUUUGAACUCGCAUUCUUUCGGCCUUUUUUUUCUCAAAUCGCAACCGUUCAUCGCAACGAUAGCAGCGGAGAAAAAAGGCUGGCGGCGUCCCAAGGACUACCUUCUUCGGCCUUUUUUUCUUGCAACGAAAAAAGAAGACGAAUAAAAAAGAAGCCGGACACAAGAGGCAUUAUCGAUGACAGGCGGAGGUCGAGGCCGCGGUCUGACGAGAAAGUGAAACGCGUGGAGGUCCGGACCACGAAUCCAAAGUGGUCAAGGUUCCCAGCACGAACUCGCGCCCUACGGCGAUUUCGAACCGCCGCCGCCACGGCUGACCCUGAAAAUGUUGCUUCAGUAACCCAUUGACACUAUUAACCUGUCUCUCGGCGAUAUCUCUUCGUGACCUUUUGCACUUCGACGUCGACGCGCCUGAGGACAAUUUUGUUUAGCGUCCUUGGAACGGCGUCGCUUUUUUCGUCUCGGGGUUUCGAAACAAUGAAGUGAACUUGAGUGAAGAAAAAUGAUUCCAUUGAUGAGAAUUCUCAGUUUGAAUGGAAAAAUGUCUUCGCAGGACGGAACCUUUUUUGUGAGUAAAAAGUUUUACAUUCAGAACGAUUUUUUCGAACAAAAAAUAGACACAGUAGAAUUGAAAAAAAGCUCAAGUAACCCCUUUUCCAAGGAUAGGAAAUUUGUUCCUCAUAUUCUUGAAAACACGCCCAGACUCAUUUUUCUAAUUUCGGACUACUAAAAAAACGGCAGAACUUUUUUUGAAAAAAAUUUCUCCAAUUUUGUUAUCAAAAAAAUUUCGAUUCAUACAAAAAUUAAUAAAACUUGGAAAAAAAUUUUUUUCAAAAAGCGACAAGGAAAAACAUUUCUACGAGCCCUCAAGCUCAAAAAUCUUUUUACUCAUUUGAAAAAAAUUUUUAGCUUUUUUUCCUCUUUUUUUACCUAAUGAAGGAAAAUUGAAUCGACUAUUUUCUCAAAAUACUCUUUCUACUGCAACCUUUUCCUGGGGAAUAAAACCAAAGACCAUCUUCACGAUAACUAUCGAACCAACCAAUAAUGCAACGUUUUUGUUGUCUUUUUGUUGGUUUGGUGCCAAGAAAUUGACUGGUUUGGGAAAAAAAGAAUGAUUGCCAUUGAAUUGCAUUGAUACGACCUUGUGACAAAAGUACUUGGAAAGUUGCCUUGACUCAUUCGUCAAACUUUUUUUCUCCUCCUGUCUGGUACCAGUUGUUCUUUGAUUACAGUUGGAAAAGCUGGACUGAUGUUGGAGAAAACUCGGAAAAUCAUGUGAAAGCUCUCUAGAAAUGGCCGUUGUUAAAUUUCUGAGCUCUAUUUGCUCAGUUGCUUUUUUUUCGAAAAAGAAAGAUCAAUUGAAAAAAUAGGAAGUUUCAUCUGUUUCCUUAUUUUCGAGACACCAGCAAACUUCUCAAAUCGUUGAUAGAUGAAAAGUUGAUAGUAAAAUUUUUUCAAAUAUUUAUGUCUUUCUCUUCGCCCAUUUACUAGUUGUCGAAACAUGCUCCAACGCAAUUUUUGUUUCGAGAUUCAUUGAAAUGAGUUUUGACGCCGAUCAGUUCGAAGAGAAUAUUAGUGUAUUCUUUUUCAAUUUCGCUCUUUUAAAUUUCGGUUUAAGGAAGAUCGAUUCACUCAAACUUCUGAGAUUUUCAGAAUAAUUUCUCGAAUAUUGUCAGAAGACUGGAUAAGGAUUGAUUUUGCAGCUUCUCUUUGAUGAGUAGAACUUCAUUCGUUGAAGAAAGUAUGGAACGUUCAUAGAAAGACUCAACUUCUCCAUCCUGACCUUUUUUGUAUACAACCAACAAAAUCGCUCUCAAGCACUUUAUUGCGAAAGUGCAAACUUCAUUGUAAAUGUACACGCAGACGCAUUGCUCCACUUUGGAAAUGAGUUCAAAAUUGAGCGAUUCUGACCUCGAAUAGUGCAGAAAAAAGGCAAAAAAAGGCAGGUAAAAGGUGGAGACGAAUGCUGGUUGUGCAGUCACCGCGAGACAGAGGCGUUGUGCCGCGCGGUAAAAGGACGCGAAGGUCGGUUCAGUCGGUGCCACCUGUGGGCAACAGACCUAACCUCGACCCCCAGCCUCCUUCCAACCUCCAUCGUUCCCACCAACGUCUUCCUCCAUUCAGUCGUCAGUCGGCUACUUCUUUCAUCUCGCUCCGUUUCUGGCCUUUUCGAAUUUUCGAAAAGUUCAAUUUUUCGUUCGGUUUCUGAGCUUUAGGUCAUGAUGAUUCAAGCCUUCAGAAAUCAUAGAAAGACUCAAAAACAGUCUCAUAUCGGUUUUUUUUUGACGAAAAGGCAUAAAUACUAAAAAGUCAAACUUUCCGUCAGCACUUUUAAGCGGACUCUUGUCUGUCACACAAACAUUUGUGAGACUUUUUUCAAAUCCAGCAUGUAUCUUUCAUCAAAAAUUUCUUUAAAAAAGAAAAAUUAUCUGAAUUUUCAUAUCAAAUACGAUAUUGAAGCAUUUUAAAAGGUGCAGUCACUAUGGUUCUACGCGUGAUUCGUUUUUGCUUAAAGGUGACUUGACUCAGUUUUCCUAUGAAAAAAAAAAAAACGCUUUUUAAUUCGACGAAAAUCUCGAGUAGAACUCCGAAAUCAAAACAGAAUCACCUUUAAUAACAAGUUCAGUAAUAAGAAAAUCUUCGCAGCGGUUCUAUCUUUUAAUCACGAGUUUCCGACUACUCAUUAUCUUUCAAUCUCCUUAGAUAUUAUUCUGUUCAAAAGCGCAACGCGUGGUUAUAUAUAUAUUUUUCUCUUCCAUUUUUUGCUUUGGUUGACUUGGCAACUCGGAGUGCUUAUCGACGACAAAAUAAUGUGCUUAACAAGGCGCCGCGGCUCCCAUCUUGCCUCUCAUCUCCCGCCCCGAAAUAUCACUUCGCUCCACUUUGAAAUAUGUCCACCUCAUCUUCAGAUUUCAAGCCUUACCCCAAAAAGUCACCAGUUAUUAACUGUUUCUGCACGGAGAGAAGGUAGUUUUAGUGUUGUGUGUGCAGACGAAACAAAUUGCAAGGUUACGAGAAAUUUGAGACAAAAGCGAUUUUUUGAGCUCAAUUCACGUGGAAACCCAAAAACAGCUUGAAAAAGUUAAAAUUUUGUAUGAAAGUUUUACAUCCUGAAAAAUAAUGAAAAGAAUUUGAAUUUUUUUAAAAAAACUCCACACAAAACUAUCUUAUAAAAAAACAAUAAAGGUUUUUUUAUUAUGUUCAGCUCAAAAAGUUCAACCUUUUUCAAUAAAUAAAAAAAUUCUUUCUGUCUCAAAAAAACAUGAGUUCACAAAAAAAUUGUAGCUCAUAAUUUCAGAUUGAAGAAAUAAGAUCAAAUUACUAAAAAGUCCACCGUUCAAAAAUGAACGAAAAUUUGGAACCCUAGAUUUUCAACGAACAAUAAAAAAAUUCCGAACGGAAAUUUUAGAAUUUUUUUAAAAAAAUCUUGACAAGUUUUCCAUUAGAGGCUUAUUUUCCAAAAAACUCUCGAGAGGACAUUUUGUGGCCUUUUUCAACUUUAAGAAAAAAGGAACAGAAAAAAAUGUCUAAAAACUGAAAUUUUCAAAUUUCGUCGGCCAAAUGUCCUUUGCGCAAAUGGAACGCGGCAUUGACCUGGAACAUUUGUCAGCGGUGUGGUCUCAAGGCGAAAUCCGUCUCAAUGGCCUUUUUUUGUCACUACUAUUGCGUAAUGGAAAUGAGCUUAAUGGUGCCGCGGCGUGUGCGGUGGGGCGACCUUGACUUUCAUCCAGAUGUGCAGAUGUCAUUUCGAUCUCGUGGCUCAAUUGUUGCCAUCUGCAUCUGUGACCAAUUACAACUAGCCAUCAUUUUUUGAGCUACCUUCUUUCAAAAAGUCGGGGAGAAAAUAGGUAUUACCAAGCUUUUUUUUUAGUUUUUUAGACCAAAGGGGUUCAUUUUUUUAAACUAGAUUUUACUAAAACAAGAGAAUUCCUCCCUAUCAUUCAAGAAAAAAAAAGAAUUUGGAAGCCAACUUUUCAGUUUUUCAAAACCUUUCGUCGUUCUCAUCAGCGAAAAAGCAUUCUGUUAAACCAGGAAAGCUCAAAAUUAUCUUCUUAAAAGAGUUCAGCUUAAAGUUUUUUGGCGAAAACGCGGUUUUUGUUCAUGUCAAGCUUUGUGUGAGCCAAAUCCCGCUUUGAGCUCCUGAAAAUUCUCGAAAAGGAAAAAAGCUAAAGGAUCGAGAAUGAAGUUUGAUCUCAAAAAUCAAGAAGCUGUUAGCAAUGAAAAUUUUUUUUUUUAACAUCUCUAGAAAUUCUGAAUCUCGAGGCGGAAUUUGGAAUGGCUAACCGAACUGGUUACUAAUUUUGAGUUUGAAUGAAAAAUUUUUAUUUGAAUGUUUUUUUAAAUAAUCAUGCAAUGAAUCUCACAAAUGAGUUUUUUCAUUGGCUACUAGUAAGCCAAAAAUUGUGAGAGCUGAGCGAGUAAAAAUCAAUAAAAGUUGUAAUUUCCCUUGUACUCUAAUGAGCUAAACAUCAUUCGGAUAUUUGACUCCAAAAAUGUCUGGAAAAACCUUUCUUUCUUUACGACCAUUUGUUUCACAAAAAUGAGGUCAAUUCAAUCAACAAAAGUUGUAAUUUUUCAGCUGCAAGGGCUUUUUCAAGCGAACGGUGCAGAACAAACGCGUCUACCGUUGCGCCUUCCAAAACGGCGAGUGCACAAUUGAUAAGCAACACCGAAACAGGUAUUGUCAAAGUUUUGCCAAAAAAGGAAAAAGAAAAAGAAAAAGAAAAAAAGGAAAAAGUUUUGUUGACCUCCGCGCGUGGCAAAAAUUCUUGCCCCCGCCGUCACUGACUGUCGCGACUCGUUUCUUUUUCAUUUUCAUUUUCAUUUUCACUCAACUUCUUCUCAUGAUCGUUUCUUUCAGGUGCCAGUACUGCCGUUUCCAAAAGUGUCUUCGAGAGGGAAUGGUCUUAGAAGGUUCGUUCAACUUUUUUUCGAAAGGUUUUGCUGGAGCAUACUAAUUUUCUUAUUUUUUCAAGAAAAUGUACGUUUUUUUUAAACAUUUUCUGAGUCUGGCUAAAAUAUUCUGAUUUUGUAUACCCACGAAAGUUCCUAAACAAAAUAAAUCAACUGGAAAUAUGAGAAAAAAAAUAAUAUUAUUUUUAGCCGUUCGUGAAGACCGUAUGCCAGGAGGACGCAACGGAUCUGCAAUUUACAAUAUUUACAAGGUAAUUCAGAAAAAAAUCAAAUCAAUUUUUUUUGCAUCAGACAGCAGGAAAUUAUUAAAUUCUUUUAAAAAUAUAUUUAUAUUAAACUUAGACUUAAAACAAGAAAAAAAUAUUAAUUUUGGAAACGAUUCAGAAGGAAGUUUUUUUUAAUUUUUUUUUGUCAAACUUCUGAUUUUUGAAGACUUGAAGUUGUCUUUCCAGCAUAAGUUGUAUGUUUUCAGUUAGCUCCAUUCUUCGAGAAAAAAAAUGGAGAGGCGUGAAAAGAUAAAGUUUUGAAUUGACAAUUUUCUCUUUCAAAUACAAUUCUGCUGACAAAAGGAUAUUUUCGAAAAGUAGAAAAAAGUUCUUGAUUGAGCUUUAAAAAAGCCAUAGAGUUUUAUGAAAUUAUCUUUUCCAGGAUCGCCGAACGCGUCGCCAAGAACAGCCGACCGAAGAAGUCCAGCGUUCGAUUCCUCACGGCGGGAACGUCAUCCAAGUACGUCUUCUCCUUUUUUUUUCAAUAGUUUCACUUGGGGUGGGGUGAAGAAGAAAAAGAAACAGAAGACACCACGUUGGCCCCAUUUUUCACUUCUCGCAACACUUCUUCUCGUUUACAGGAGCUGAUUGAAAUGGACUGUCUUGAUCGAUUGAUCAAUCUGAAGGGCUUGAGAAUCACUCCCUCGGCUAACUGCGAGAUUACUCCGGCUUGUAGUCGACUCACAAGAAUCGGUAUGGUUUAACGAAAAUUCAUUGACAAUAAUGAAAGUUUUUCAGGAGACGAAAUCGUUGAACAGCUUGUGGAGUGGACCAAGACUUUGCCCUUUUUCGAAGAACUUCCAGUCGAGGCUCACACUCAUCUUUUGACUCAGAGAUGGGCAGAACUUGUGAGUUUUCUAUACUCGAAAGAAAAUGCCGAUUUACUUUUGCGCAAGGAAUUCUUCCUGUAUAAAAGGGACAAGAAAAGUGUGAAUUUUUAAUGUACAUGUGUGCAUAUUUGUCUCCGAAAGGGAAUAAAAAUACUUCCUCUUUAUCGACAGCACGCAAGUCGCCUGCGUUUCGGAGAAUAAAGUACAAAUUUAUGUAGUCGGAAAAAAGAAGUACUGGGUAUUUCCUAGUUAUGAAGUAUAUUAAUCUCCAAAGUUAUCAUUUGGUUGAGUCUCUCAAAGUCCUAGGAAAAAAUAUAUGAAUUUUUCCCAGACAUUGUGGAAGAAAAUUCACAGUUAAAGUUGAUGAAUUUUUACCGUCCGCACUUUCCAGGUCCUGCUCUCAGCUUGCUAUUACGCUUGCUCAGUCUACACUCCAGACAAUGCUGUUUCAACCACAGUUAUUGAUGAGAGCGAUGAGAUUUCUUUCUCGAAUCCUGCCGUGAACCUUCGUCUGCUUCAAAACCGUCUUUCGGCUGUCAUGAACAAGCCGAUCCCAAUCGAACACGUCAUCAAGUAAGCUUAUAGACCAGACUUCUGAUUCAAUUUCUCCCAUUUUCAGAGAGGCUGGACCAUUAGUGGUACGAUUCACAGAGCUGUUGAAAUCUUUCUCACAGCUGAAAGUUUCUCCAGAAGCUUACGUCUGCAUCAAAGCUAUCACUUUGCUGUAUCUCACUAAUAAUGGUGAAUAUUGGUUUUAGUCUGAACUUGCAGAGAAUAAACUGCGUCGCGGUCUUGUUCGGCAGUAGAAUAUGAGUUCUAAAACCUGAUCAUGUGCUACAAAUAAUCAAAAAAUGCGCAAGUAGUUUCUCGUCGGGAGCACUGGAAAAUCGAGGCGGUUAGAGGCGCAUUGAACCGUUUUUCAAAAGAUGUUAAAAAAGAAACUAAUUUAAGGAAUAAUUUUUUCAGGAAACUCUGUGCUCCCGGCCUCCGUUUUCAAGAAAGUCUCCGUUCUUCAGGAUCAUUUCGUGAAAACUCUGCAGAUUCAUCUGCUCCAACCAGAAGAACAAACUCGUCUUGGACAGAUUCUGGAAUGGUAAAGGAUAUUCAGAAUAAAACUCACAAAAAGAGAUGAUUCCAGGCUUCCUGAGCUUCGCAACGCUUCUUCGGUCCUGCUCCACUCAAAAAUGUUCUACGUUCCUUUCCUCCUCUGCAAGAACCCACGCAGCCUCGUCUUCGAAGAAUAA